UUGAGUUGUUUCAUUUGCGAAAGGGUGCUGCGGCCAGCGUCUAAGGGGAGCUUGGGCAUGGUUUUGUCCCACCACUGGAUCUAACCCUCUUUUAACAAUAUUAAUUCCUUAGUUUAAAAUCCACCGACAGGCCAUGUCUCCUUGUGGCAGAUGAUUAGUUGCUAAGCUAGCUCUGAAUUUCCGAAGACUCCUUGGCACAGUCAAGGACGGACAGAGGCAACAGCUUCUCCCUUUUUCUUCUCUGAGUGUGUUCCCCUAGAACAUUCAAAACUGUUUCUCCAAAGAGUUCUGCAGAAACUCAGACUGUUUUCUAAAGCAGAAGCAGCACAGUCCACAGCGGAAGCGAUGGGCAGCGUGCGAACCAACCGCUACAGCAUCGUUUCCUCAGAAGAAGACGGCAUGAAGUUGGCAACCAUGGCGGUUGCCAAUGGCUUUGGAAAUGGAAAGAGCAAGGUUCACACCAGGCAGCAGUGCAGGAGCCGCUUUGUCAAGAAGGAUGGCCACUGCAAUGUUCAAUUCAUCAAUGUGGGUGAAAAAGGCCAGCGUUACCUAGCGGACAUCUUUACCACCUGUGUGGACAUCCGCUGGAGGUGGAUGUUGGUUAUCUUCUGCCUGGCUUUCAUCCUCUCAUGGCUGUUCUUUGGUUGUGUGUUUUGGUUGAUUGCCUUAUUACAUGGGGACCUAGAGGAUGUGGACAGACCUUGUGUGUCUGAAGUGCGCAGCUUCACUGCAGCCUUCCUUUUCUCCAUUGAAACACAGACAACAAUUGGCUACGGGUUCAGGUGUGUCACGGAUGAGUGCCCCAUUGCAGUCUUCAUGGUGGUUUUCCAAUCGAUUGUGGGCUGCAUCAUUGAUGCCUUCAUCAUUGGUGCUGUCAUGGCUAAGAUGGCAAAACCGAAAAAGAGAAACGAAACGCUCAUCUUCAGCCAUAAUGCCGUCGUAGCCAUGAGGGAUGGGAAGCUCUGCUUGAUGUGGCGGGUUGGGAAUUUGCGUAAGAGCCAUCUGGUGGAAGCCCACGUGAGAGCCCAGCUCCUCAAAUCUCGAAUCACCACUGAAGGAGAAUACAUCCCUCUAGAUCAAAUAGACAUCAAUGUUGGGUUUGACAGUGGAAUUGACCGCAUCUUUUUGGUCUCGCCCAUUACAAUUGUCCACGAAAUAGAUGAAGAGAGCCCUUUGUAUGACUUAAGUAAGCAGGACAUGGACAAUGCAGACUUUGAAAUUGUAGUCAUAUUAGAAGGCAUGGUGGAAGCCACCGCCAUGACCACCCAGUGCCGUAGCUCAUAUCUGGCAAAUGAAGUCCUUUGGGGCCACCGUUAUGAGCCUGUCCUAUUUGAAGAGAAGAACUACUACAAAGUGGAUUAUUCUAGGUUCCACAAAACAUACGAAGUGCCGAACACACCCCUCUGCAGUGCCAGAGACUUAGCAGAAAAGAAAUACAUCCUCUCUAACGCAAACUCAUUUUGCUAUGAGAAUGAAGUAGCUCUCACGGGCAAAGAGGAAGAGGACAGUGACAAUGGAGUGCCUGAGAGCACCAGUACGGACACCCAUCCUGACAUGGACCAUCACAGCCAAGCAAGUGUGCCCCUAGAGCCUAGGCCUUUAAGGCGAGAAUCUGAAAUAUGACUGAAGGAAAUAAUUUUUCUUCUAUGGUUAAAAUCUAAUCUAUCAGUAACAGGCAAGCUGCGUUAAGUAGUGGCUGCAAAUGAUGGUACUGUUCAAGAAAUGGGCAUACAGUCCCUGGAAGAGCCAACCUGGGCUGGUUUUUAGGUGCUGUCUUCAGAAGAGGUACAGCGAAUGUGUGAACUUGGAACAAGAAGCACUAUGUCUGCGCUUGACUAGAAGGCACAUAAAUGUUGUAGAAUAAAUUAUGUAUAUAUUUUUUUACAAAACUUGAACUUGCAGGCAAGCUUUGGUUGAGUUGUAUUGUUUGUUCUCUCUCUCUCUCUCUCUCUCUCUCUCUCUUUCUAGGUCUCUUGGGAACAAGAAUGUUUUAAAUGGCAUAACAAAGGCAAGAGACUGCCUUAAUAUUUUUUUUAAGUUGCUGCUAACUACAGGAACACAAAUCGUAAUUAUUCUUCUUUUGUUGCAGUAUAGAAUUUGUGUUCUUUUUAUAUAUCCUUUUAAACAAAACAAAACAAAAAGUGGGGAGAGGUUCCGUGUUGAACUUGUUAGUUUCAAAACUGCCUGGCAAUCAGUCAAAGUGAUUGACGAUGCUGGGGAAUCUGAACGCUUAUUGAGGCCAGUAGCUUGGUGGCUAGAAUCAAUUUUUCUCCGUACCAUCCAGUUACAUAAGGAGUGUUAUGUAACACAAGUCCAUGCAGUAGCCUACAGCAAGAUUUUUUUUUUUCAUUCUUAAAUUUAUGUUUCGGAAUUGAAUGAGAUUUUUUCCCUCCAUCUAAAACAUUGUAAUUUUCAAAACUACCUAAAUGGAUACCAAAGGGAAAAAAAAUGCACACUUUUGCACAGGAAACUUUUUAUUUAAAUAGAGCUGGCUGCUUUCAGACUAGGUUUCCUCCCCAGUGAUUGUUUAUGUGUGGAGUAUUUUCUAAUGCACCUUAUUCAAAAAAUAAACCUUAGGAUACAUUUUCAAUCCCCUUUCUGCACCAGCACCCCAAUUUGGGGAAAUAAGCUUCUGAUUUCAUAUAUAUGUCUAUCUACGUACAGGCAUACAAACACACACAUGUAUGGUUUAUAUGUAGAUGUUUGUGUGUGUGUAUAGAGAUAUAUAUGAGAGAAACCUCUUAUUUCCUGUUUGCUAAACACCAGCAAGAUAAUGGCAGAAAAUCAAAUGUAACUCAGAAUCUUCAGUGUUGAGACACUGAGCUAUGAAAUGCAACUGAGGUCAUGGUUAUGAAUGAUCCAUCUCAUGUUUUAGCUUAAGGUUGCAAGGCAUUUUCAGAACCAAAGAGGGUGAUGUAAAUGCAAGAGAGGCUGCUCAGAACAAAGCAGGAAUUUGGUUUCAAGAGGGAAGCUGAUACGGGACAGCCUGGUGCAAAGAUCUCAGUGACUCUGUUUCGGUGGGAUAAUUUCUCUCUGCCAGGACUGAAAGUGCACGUGCGCUACUAUUUUCUACAUUGGUUGCUGAGGUGUCAUUUGUUUGAAGGGACAGCUUACAUAUUGUAAAAGAGUUCCCUCUGUGGGUUUUUAAUAAGCUGCCGUGGGAUGAUCAGUGGGCACAAAGUUUGUACUAAAAUCUUUUAACAACUACUGCAAUCUUCUGCUGAACUGUGACUUUAGUGGCAUUUUGGGGUCUCCUGCCAAGAAUGCUUUAAAAAUUCUCUGUGCCUCUUAAGAUCAAGUGUACCACUUUAGCUACGGCCAUAGGUUAUAGACGUGGAAGACCUCCAAACAAGCAAGAAGUAAGGAUGACACCAAGGAAUCAAGGCUGAAACUCUUUUACAGUAUUGGAUCUCACUGCAUGCCAUUAAAAAUAGCUUGUCCAUGGUUCCAGUGCUGUUUGCUAGUAAACAACUGUGGAGGUUUUGCCCUGCCAGAAGCAGACAAAUUACAGUAAUGUGGCUGUUCCUAGAUAGGGUGCGAUUUACUUUAAGCAGAGUAGAUGGGUUUUAAGCUGAAAAAAAUUGGAUACUGCAAAUGUAGACUGGUUUGCUUUUUCUUCUUAAGGCAGAUAUUUAUAUAUUAUGUACUUAGGGUAAUUGUGUGGGGCGGGGGAAGCAGGGUGGAGGAAGCUAGGUUUUCAUGGCAACCUGAUGAGUCUUAGGGUCAGGAAAAUGAACAUGACUCGUGCUGCUAUCGUGAUACAUUUUCCGCAAAGGAAAAUAAAAGUGCAAACCAAAGAGUAUUUAGUGACACGUUAAACAAAGAAGGGAGGAAGCUACUCCAAAGUGCACAAAGCUCCCACUUGCAAGACUUGAGUUAUUACAUGGAAGGGGAGGUUGAGAAAGUGUUGAAAAUAUUUGUUUUAAAAACAAACACAUAGAGAAAGGGAUUUUUCUAAAAACCUAAUAUUUCUUCUCCUUAUUUUUCUCUUGAGAGUUGAUUUUUCUCUUCCAUGACACAGGGUUUUAUGUAUUCAGAUUUUAAAAAAAAGCAAAAUACAAAAAUGUAUACUUUUAUAAAGUUUAUCAAGUAUUUUCAUAUUUAAAGCCAAAUGUAAAUAGAAAGUUCAUUUAAAAAGAAAAUGACGGAGAAAAGGCCAAGAUGGCAUCAGUUAGAACCUACGAUGCUACUGGUUAGCAUGGUUUUUAGAAAAUAUUUGCAAGCCUUAUAGGAUUUUUUAAUGCUAUGAGUUUUUGUUUGUUUGUUUGUUUUGUUUUUGUUAUUUAUUUAGGCAUGGAUGUUUAACUUGAUUGUGGUCCCCCCACCCUUGCUGUUGGCAUUUUUUUUAAACCUGCUUUCAGAUUGCUGGAGUCUUGGUAAGAGUGGAUAAUCUUAUUGCACUCUUUUUUUGACUCUUCUUCAGAUAAACCUUUGUCUUUAUCUCUUCACUUCAACCUGUGGAAACUGCUAGGAAGAAACUUCCAUUUUUGUUAAUAUCAUGGUACCUGACAGCCCUUAGCUGUUUUUUUCCAAUUGUGAUAUUAAAAAAAGAAAAGAAAAUGGGCAUGCCUCAGGAGACUCUGCCUAGGUUCCACAGCCAUUGUGAAGGUACAGCAAACACACUGCUUUAAGUAGCUGGUAAGGACAAUUGUGCAAAGUCUUGAGCAGUACAGUUUUGUGGUGCAAUGGUCAACUACUUAAACCUGAUGGAAAAUUUCCCACUGUCUUCACUGGAAUGCAGAUGGCACAUGUGAAAUCCUCAAAGCACCAACAAGAGUUAAGGGGCAAACAGUAAUUUUCCUCUUCCCUAAAAUACUUGAAUGGUGGGGUGUCUCUUCUGUGGAAUUAACUGUCCUUUGCAAGGCACAUCCAAGGGAGGUGAUGCAUUUGAGUAUUUCUCAUGGUUGAUAUGGCGUGCAAGGGUUUAAAGUGAAUAAGAUCACUGCAUGUUUGUAUCCUCUCAAUACGGAGUUCAGUCACAGUCAACUUGUUUGUUUGUUUGCUGUUCAUUCUGUUGCACAUGCUUUGGGCAAAGACAAAGGCUUCUGGAUCCAAUAUUGUUGGUUGUUUUUUUUUUUACAUCCUUUUUUUCUUCGUGUGUGUGGGAUUACAAGGUAAAACUGAGAAGUACUGUAAUGUCUUUUAAAAAAAUUGGCUGCUGCUGACCAUUUUCAAGAUAGGAGGAUGCUGCACAGUUGCCGUCCCACAGGCAAACUGGAAGAUCUCUUCUUUUCUCUUCUCCUAAAUGGGUUUUCUGUCCUGCAGCUGUUUUUAAGACGAACAAACCAAUAGGCAUUCGACAAUCAUUCUCCCUUACUGUUUUCCUGUUUGCAGCCUUUUGUAUCUAAGUCUUCCUAAUGUACUGCACAAA